GAUCCUCUCCUCGAUCUCUCUCUCUCUCUCUUCUCUCUUCCCCCCCUCUCUCUCUCCGGAAUCAAGAUCAACACGCGAUUUCACCUUAUUCUAUCCUCUAUUUUCCUUAAAAAUCUUGCAGGAGUGACCUUAAGAGGGCGGCCAUGGCCUCUAAAGGCCCCAGGUCGAAGGUAGAGCACGAGUCAAGGUCACGGCGUCAAAAGGCUCUUGAAGCCCCCAGAGAGCCACCGAGGCCUAAGGCGCACUGGGAUCACGUUCUCGAGGAAAUGGUUUGGCUUUCAAAGGAUUUUGAGUCCGAGCGAAAAUGGAAGCUAGCUCAGGCAAAGAGGGUAGCUAUAAGGGCCUCUAAAAGUUUUUCGGAGCAUGCCACCAGAGGAGAAAAGAAAGUGAAGGAAGAAGAGCAAAAGUUAAGAAAAGUGGCGCUUAAUAUUUCAAAAGAUGUGAAAAAAUUUUGGUUGAAAAUAGAGAAACUGGUUCUUUACAAGCACCAAUUGGAGCUUGAGGAGAAAAAGAAAAAAGCUCUUGAUAAACAGCUUGACUUUCUUUUGGGUCAGACUGAAAGGUAUUCCACAAUGCUAGCAGAAAAUCUUGUAGAUAUUCCUACUGGUCUUAAACCACUGCAAAUAGAAUCUGGAGUGGAACGAGAAAAUAAAUCAGGCGGAGAAGAAGACAAAAAGUGUCUUAUUGAAACAUCUAAGAAUUCAUUAGCCGAGUCAGAUUCCAUGGAGCUCGAUGAUGAUUUUGGGAUUAGAUCUGAAGAUGACGUGGAAGACGAUGAAAAAACUAUUGAGGAGGAUGAAAUUCACAUUACUGAGGAUGAACGAAGAGAGGAAUUAAUAGCCUUGCAGGCUGAAGUUGAUUUACCUCUGGAAGAGCUUCUCAAUAACUACACUAAAGAGAAAGUCAGCAGGGAAGUCAGUCCAGAAGGUGUUGAAGAUGUUGCUGACCAUGCAAUAAAGAGGAAUAAUCAGAUCAAGGGUUCCGUGAACCAGCAGGGGGACAACAAUCAUGUAGGGCCCUACUUGGAAGGCCACUUUGGUGUUCAGACACGAAGAUCUAAACUUGCUGAAAAAGAUUCUAACACAUUAUUGAAGGGAUCUGUGCUAACUGGAGCUGGUGAUGAUCCGGAUGACAGAGACUAUGUCCUUAUUGGUGAAGAAAAGGAUGAUGAGGAAACACUUUCUGAAGAGGAAGAGUUGGCUAAGGGAGAAUCAGAUGACCCUCUGGAUGAGAUUGGUUUAUUGCAGAAAGAGAGUGAAAUGCCUGUCGAAGAGCUGCUUGCAAGGUAUAGAAAGGAAGACUGCGCUGAUAGCACUGCAGAAUUAGAUUCUGCUUCCUCAGAUUCUGAUGAUGAGAAGGAUUCUGCUGCACAUCAUAAUGUUCAAUUAGCAGAUCCAGACCUCCCCACGGAUGCAUCAUCCAAACAGGAUGUAUCUAGUGAUCUCAAGGAUAUGGAUAUUGAUAUGCAAGUAGUGGAUAAUCAUAAUGAAAUUUCAGAUAAAAAGGGGAGUGAAGACAUAAUUGCUGAUGCAGCGGCAGCUGCAAGGUCAGCUCAACCAACUGGGAACACUUUCUCAACUACCAAAGUCCGAACAAAAUUCCCUUUUCUCCUAAAGCAUUCUCUUCGAGAAUACCAGCAUAUUGGUUUGGAUUGGUUAGUAACAAUGUAUGAGAAAAGGCUGAAUGGAAUUCUUGCUGAUGAAAUGGGUUUGGGGAAGACGAUCAUGACAAUUUCUCUUCUAGCUCACCUUGCAUGUGAAAAGGGUAUAUGGGGACCUCAUCUGAUAGUAGUACCCACUAGUGUGAUGCUUAACUGGGAAACUGAAUUCCUUAAAUGGUGUCCUGCUUUCAAAAUAUUGACAUACUUUGGAAGUGCAAAAGAAAGGAAGCAUAAACGCCAGGGUUGGAUGAAACCCAACUCCUUCCACAUAUGUAUCACAACUUAUCGACUUGUUAUACAGGAUUCAAAGAUUUUUAAGCGCAAGAAGUGGAAAUAUCUUAUUUUGGAUGAAGCUCAUCUAAUAAAGAACUGGAAAUCCCAAAGAUGGCAAACACUAUUAAAUUUUAAUUCAAAGCGGCGGAUUUUAUUGACUGGGACUCCUUUGCAGAAUGAUCUCAUGGAACUCUGGUCGUUGAUGCAUUUCUUAAUGCCUCAUAUCUUUCAGUCUCAUCAGGAAUUCAAAGAUUGGUUCUGCAAUCCAAUCGCCGGAAUGGUUGAGGGACAGGAUACUGUAAACAAAGAAGUUGUAGACCGUUUACACAAUGUACUACGCCCGUUUAUUCUUCGUCGUCUAAAGAGAGAUGUGGAAAAGCAACUUCCAAAGAAGUAUGAGCAUGUCAUAUACUGUAGACUCUCUAGAAGGCAGCGGAAUUUAUAUGAAGAUUUCAUUGCUAGUUCAGAAACACAGGCAACAUUGGCAAGUUCGAAUUUCUUUGGCAUGAUUAGUGUUAUCAUGCAGCUCCGCAAAGUCUGUAACCAUCCAGAUCUUUUUGAGGGUCGUCCUAUUGUAAGUUCAUUGGACUUGCCCGGUAUUGACAUGCAGUUGAGCUCUCCUGUUUGUACCGUCCUUUCUUCUUGUCCAUUUUCUCAGGUUGAUCUGAAAGGCCUGAAUCUUGUAUUCACCCAUCUUGACUUCACCAUGACGUCAUGGGAAGUUGAUGAAAUUGCAUCAAAUUCUUGUCCCAUUAACUUAUUUGAGGAAAAAAUACCAAUGGUUUCAGAGAGUGGGCCAUUUUCCUAUGUCAACUGUGACCGAAGGAGAAAUCCAGGAGGUAAUAUAUUUGAAGAGAUACAUAGGGCCCUCUGCGAGGAAAGACUGAGACAGCUGAAGGAAAGGGCAGCCGCCAUUGAAUGGUGGAAUUCCUUAAGGUGCCAGAAGCAACCUGUUUAUGGAACUAACCUAAGGGAGCUUGUCACCGUCCAAGAUCCUGUCUUUGAUCUUCACAAGAUGAAGAAUAGUUCUUCCUGUUACUUGGAUUUCUCAUCAAAACUUGCAGCUAUGGUACUCUCACCAGUGGAGCGAUUACAAGAAAUGCUUGACCUGGUUGAGUCCUUUAUGUUUGCAAUUCCCGCUUCACGAGCCCCUCCUCCUAGUUGCUGGUGCAGUAAAAGAGAUUCUCCUAUUAUUUUGCAAUCCUCUUAUGUAGAAAAAUGCACAGAAGCCUUCUCUCCUCUUUUGACACCAAUCAGACCUGCUAUUGUUCGGCGACAGGUGUAUUUCCCGGACAGACGUCUGAUACAGUUUGAUUGUGGAAAGCUCCAGGAGCUCUCGGUCCUGCUAAGGCAUUUAAAAUCGGAUGGCCAUAGGGCUCUAAUAUUUACUCAAAUGACUAAGAUGCUUGAUAUUCUUGAAGCAUUCAUUAACUUAUAUGGUUACACAUACAUGCGCUUGGAUGGCUCAACUCCGCCUGAGGAGAGACAAACACUAAUGCAGAGGUUUAAUACAAAUCCAAAGUAUUUUCUUUUUAUAUUGUCAACUAGGAGUGGUGGUGUUGGGAUUAAUCUUGUUGGGGCAGAUACUGUAAUUUUUUAUGAUAGUGACUGGAAUCCUGCAAUGGACCAGCAAGCUCAAGAUCGAUGUCACAGAAUAGGACAGACAAGGGAAGUGCAUAUUUAUCGGCUUAUCAGUGAGAGUACAAUUGAAGAAAACAUAUUAAAGAAAGCAAAUCAGAAGCGCAUGCUUGAUGAUUUGGUCAUACAAAGUGGUAGUUACAACACGGAUUUCUUUAAGAAGCUUGAUCCGCUUGAUAUUUUCUCUGGUCAUGGGGCUUUUUCUGUUGACAAGUUGCAUGAAAGUUGCUCGAACCCUGUUGAGGGCUCCAAAAAUGAUAUGGCAGUUCUGUCAAACGAUGAUGUUGAAGCAGCUAUUAAGCAAGCGGAAGAUGAAGCGGAUUAUAUGGCGCUGAAAAGGGUAGAGCAGGAAGAGGCAGUGGACAAUCAAGAGUUUACUGAGGAGGUCGUUGGGAAAAUGGAUGAAGAUGAAUUUCUAAAUGAUGAUGACAUAAAGGCUGAUGAGAAAACCGCUGAAGAAGAGAGCUGGGGAAAGCCCAUUGCAAACAAAGAUAAAGAUGCUAGCUUUUCUGAGAAUAAUAAAAAUGAAGCACAGGCACUUACUGUUGUGGGCGAUGAUGAUGAUAUUGAUAUGUUGGCUGAUGUAAAGCAGAUGGCAGCUGCAGCAUCUGCUGCUGGACAAGCAAGUUCGUCAUUUGAGAACCAUCUUCGACCAAUUGAUAGAUAUGCAAUGCGUUUUCUGGAUCUGUGGGAUCCUAUAAUUGACAAAUCAGCUAUAGAAUAUGAGGUUAAUAUGAACGCAGAAGAAUGGGAGCUUGACCGUAUUGAAAAGUUCAAGGAAGAUCUUGAAGCAGAAAUUGAUGAAGAUCAGGAACCUUUGUUGUAUGAAAGAUGGGAUGCAGAUUUUGCAACUAAGGCAUACCGAGAACGUGUUGAAGCUUUAGCCCAGCAACAGUUGCUUGACGAACAAGAAUCUGAUGCUCAAGACACAGACAAGAGUUAUGAGGCUCUAAGGAAUGUGGAAAUCGCUGACCGUAAGUCCAAGUCUAAGAAGAGGCCGAAGAAAACAAAGUUCAAGUCUUUAAAGAAAGGACCUCUAGCAUCUGAAAUGGGUGCUGCCUCUAAGGAAAUACCAGUUGAAUCAGAUGAUGAUGAUCUUUCCCUUGAGAUGAUGUGUAUGGAUUCCCCUCCACGUUCACCACCUAAGAAAAAGAGAAAGAAGGUUGUAGCUGAACCAGAAGAACAAAAGAACUCGAGGAAAAGCUUGAAGAAACUCAAGAAAGCCCCUGAUUGGAAGCUUUUGGAGGAUUCUAACUCUUCAUUUAUGCAGUUAGUGGAAGCCAAGGAGUCAAGGUCUGUAGACGGAGUUAAUGACUUUGAUCUAAAGUCAAACCGAAGCAAGGUGGGAAGCAAGAUAUCCAUCACGGCGAUGCCAAUAAAACGUGUUAUGGUGGUCAAGCCAGAAAGAUUUAAAAGGAAAACUAAUGUUUGGUCUAAGGAUUGCUUUCCACCUCCAGAUUCCUGGUCAUCUCAAGAGGAUGCCAUGUUGUGUGCAAUUGUACACGAGUAUGGCACCCAUUGGGCCCUUGCUAGUGAUGCAAUUUACAGUAUGCCCGCGGGUGGUUUUUAUCGGGGGUGGUUUCGCCAUCCUGUCCAUUGUUGUGAGAGGUUCCGUGAACUUGUUCUUAAAUACGUGUUCCCUGCUGCAGACGGUUCUAAUGUUGAAAAGAACACUUUGUCUGGAUCUGGGAAGGCGCUUCUCAGAGUCACCGAGGAUCAAGCUCACACAUUGCUUAAUAUUGCAAUGGAACAGCCCGAUGCUGAAUUGCACCUUCAGAAACAUUUCCUAGCCGUACUCUCUUCUGUUUGGAAGGCAAAAUGCUGUCUCGAGCGCCGUCAAAGCACACUUCAUUUUCGAAAUGGUUUCUAUUCAAGCAGUUUGUCUUCUCAGAGUUUUGGCAAGAUGAAAGAGGGGCUAACGGGAAACAUAGAUUUGAAGGUUUUAAGGCAGAGCAGUAAGCUAGUCUUGGCAGCACUUCUCAGUGAUGUCAGUGAAAAGCAUCAUGAAGAACCUUCUCAUGUGAUCACACAGCUUGAGACCCAAACAUUGGGUGAUCAGGUAGAUAUAACAGUUGACUUUCUCGAGGACCAUGGUGUCUAUGAAGCAGCUUUCCCUUCGUCUAUUACCUUAUCAGUAUAUGAGCCAGAAUCACAAGUGCACGGAAAUGAAUUUCAUGGAGAAACUUUGCUGGCUGAAUCUUCUUGCAGAAUUGCUCAGACUCGACUCAGGCUUGCUUCGGAAGCUUGUAUUGAUGGUGAAGGUACAGGAUGGGCAUCAUCGGCUUUUUCUUCUUGCAGUAUUGCCAGGAACCGAGCUGGAGGGAAGUCUCAAGCUUUGGGCAAGCACAAGUCUUCUUCAGAUUCAUCAAGACAGCAAAAGUCUAAAGUCCAAAAGAUAGCAGAGUCAUAUGAAGACUCACUCUCGCUUACCAAAUCCUUCCUUCCAUCGCCAAGAUUACAUAUUGAUGAUUUCCCUUCUGUUAAUUUGGAAUGUGGAAUUGAUUAUCAUUCCUUAUUGCCUUCUGACGAAUCCCUUCUUUUAGAUAUGCCCAGUUCAGAAUUUAUGCCGGAGGAGUAUGAUCCAGAAUUUUUAACUGGUCUUGAGGAUCUGGGAUCGCUGCAGGAUAUUACUGAUGUUGGUUGAUACAUAGAUUUGAGACUCUACAUGAAGGUUGAUAUAUAGAUUGAAGACUCUACAUGAAGGUUAUCAGUUUUGGUGGAUUCUGCCCGUUUUGGGCAUUUCAAGUGCUGGGCCUGUUGUUCUCGGAACACACAUUAUCUCCACGCAGGUUGGCAGAGAAUUGGAUGGAGGAUAUCAAUGGAUGGCAAAUUUGUAAACUGUAC